AUGGCGAACUCGAAAGAGAACACUCCCACCGGGAGCCCGUCUCCCUCAGAAGAAAACUUAAGCGACAGUCUACCACGCACGAUAGACAAGUCGCUACCCGCUGAAGGCAGGGACAAGCCUGCCCCUACAAGAAACCAUCUUCUCGCCACAGAGAUCCGUCUCGCCGCGAAGAUCGACUUCGCCGCAACGAUCCCCUCCGCCAAGAAAGGACGAGAGCCCUCCUCCGUCCGCACCACGCCGCUCGAGAAAAUCUUCCUCGAGCGACAAACCCCGCAGCUCGAAGAAAUCCUCCUCGAGCGAGAAGAUCCUCAAACUCAUGGAGAAUCUCGUCAAGCCACUCGCCGACGGUUUCGAGUCAAUGCGAGCACAGCAGAAAAAGACUCAGGAACAGGUGGAAGCCCUAGCACGAGAAGACGAUGA